AUGAAGCUCCUUUAUACAACCUUGUUAGUUGUCGUGUAUAUUAUUCCUGCAAUCAACGCUGCGCAAUGCUUAAGUGGUCAAUAUCCACCAAAGCCUGAACGACUGUUACCGACUUAUGUUGUAAAUCUAGAUGCACCACCUGUCGAACGUUGGCAGGAUUUAGCUAGUAAAUAUAAAGUGGAACUUAAAGAUCUAAUCGCCUAUUUGAAAACAUUUCUUGUCGAAAUUUCACCUGAACUGCAAUAUCUAGUCGAUCUUGUUGAUACUAAAUUGCCAGCAAUGGCUGAUACAUUACCAGCACCGUAUGGUGAUGAAAUGAAAGGUAUUAGUCAAGCAUCCGGUUUGCCGCUGGGUGAAGUUGUUUUGUACAAUAUUUUCUACGAAGUUUCAUCAUUGUGCACAUCGAUUGUUGGACAAGAUGAAAAGGGAAAUAUCUUUCACGGACGAAAUCUUGAUUUCGGAGGAUUGAUGGGUUGGGAUAAAAUAAAUCAUACAUGGGCAUUGACUGAAAAAUUACGACCAUUAAUGGUUCAAAUAAACUAUACGAAAAAUGGUCAAGUACUCUUCAAAACAACAACUUUUCUCGGCUACAUCGGAUCAUUAACUGGCGUGAAACCAGGUGUUUUCAGUGUCACCAUCAAUGAACGUAAUAUCGUCAAAGGUGGUUAUAUUGGUCUAAUUGAGUGGAUGUAUAAUAUUAAUCGCAAUCAAUCGUUUAUCACCUUUGCUAUUCGUGACAUGCUUACGAAUUCCGAAAGUUAUAAUCAAACCGUAAAAUAUUUAGCUGAAGUUCCGUUGGUAGCACCAUGUUUCUAUAUUGUAGCCGGAACCAAGCCUGGUGAAGGUGCGAUCAUUACUCGAUCACGCAAAGGUUCUGACGAUGUAAAACUAUUAGGUCGAGAUGAUCUCUGGUUUCUUGCUCAAACGAACUAUGAUAAUUGGAAAAAGCAACCAUUUUUUGAUGAUCGUUUAACACCAUGCAUUAAGUGUAUGCAAGAAAAGGGCAAAAAUCAAGUUACAUUUGAAUCACUUUACAACGUACUUUCAUCUCGGCCGAUGUUUAAUAAAGAAACUGUCUACACAUCUAUAAUGGAACCAGCUACAGGUCGAAUCGAGGCAUAUUGGCAAUUAUGUCUCGACGAGGAAGCCCCAUGUCGACCUUGGUAA